AUGGAUAACCGCAGUUUGUUGCUGAGGCUCUCGGUUGUGGUGGCGCUGGUUCUGCUGCUCGUCUGCGUGCCACAAACGGAUGCGGGUAGCCAAAAAAAGAAGAAAAUCGUGAUCCACGUGCCGAUCCACAAGAAGAUUGAGAAGCACAUACACACGGUGGUGAAGCACGUGCACCACCACCACAAGCCGCUGGUUCUGAAGGAGGAGAAGAAGGUCAUCCACGAGGACCACCGGCCUAUCCAGAUCCACCAGACCAAGGAGCACAUCCACCACCACGAGAAGCACGAUCACCACGACCACCACGAUCACCACGACCACCACGACCACCACAGCCACCACAACUACCACGAGCACCACCACCCACUGCCGCCGGCGGUGGCGUCUCCCGCUCUACCGGAGCUGGAGGAGGAGGAGGAGCACAUCCACCACCACCACAACUACGAGCACAGGGGCGGGUUGCGGGACGACUUCAUCGGCGGCGAGGGGAGCAGCAGCGAGGAGCGCUAACCAUGUGGC